AUUUAUUUGGGGCUUGGGGCUAUAAAAUGGGAUCCGUUUCUCCAUAACUCACCAUUCGAAGAGAGUGAAUGGAGGGAUAAUUAAGAGAGAGAGAGAGAGAGUUUUUAGAGAGAGAAAGAUGGGAGGAGUGGGAGGACAUGGCCCUGUUCUUUCUCAACUGGUUUAUGCGUCGUCUCUUGGGGUUAUGUAUGUCCUCAUCAAGACUGCUUUUGAGCAUGGCAUGAAUCGCUACGUUUUUGUAACUUACAGACAGGCCUCCGCCACACUCUUCAUUGCUCCCUUUGCUUUCUUCGUCGACAGGAAAAAUAUGCCUCCCCUUCGCUUUAAGGUUUUGUUUCACAUCUUCAUAAUGGCGCUCUUGGGGAUCACACUAGAACAAGUUCUCUAUUUUUGGGGCUUGGAGAACACCACUUCAACUUAUGCUGCCACCAUAUCAAACCUCAUCCCUGCAAUCGCCUUUGCCAUGGCCUGUCUCCUAAGAUUGGAGAAGGUGAAUAUCAAGAACCCAAGGGGCCUGGCUAAGGUCAUUGGCACUGUUAUAUGCGUUGGAGGUGCUAUGGUCAUGACAUUCGCCAAGGGUCCUACCCUAGAAUUCUUUCAUCACAUCAGGACAUCGAAAUCCCUUUCUGAUAUUUUGGGUGCCAAAUCACUAGUUGAUACCAAGGAAAACUUGACUUUGGGCAUAAUUUUGCUCAUAAUAAGUGUUAUUGCUUAUGCUUCAUGGAUAAAUUACCAGGCUUGGGUUUUCAAGGAUUACCCUGCUCAACUCACCUUGACUGCACUCAUGUUGCUCAUGGGUACUGUUCAGUGUGGUGUGGUUGCUGUUAGCUUUGAAAGAUCCGCGGCAGCUUGGAGACUAGCCUGGAAUUACAGACUUCUAACAUAUAUCUACAGCGGUGUUUUUUGCUCGGCUAUGGGUUUCUUUAUUCAAAGCUGGUGUAUCAGCAAGAGAGGCCCCAUCUUUGCUGCUGCUUUCUACCCUCUAAGCUCGGUUAUAACUGCUAUUUUGGAGCCUAUCUUUCUCCAUGUUGAUCUCCAUGUUGGCGGCGCUAUAGGAAUGUUUAUGACAAUUGCUGGGCUUUAUGCUGUUCUAUGGGGAAAGGCCAAAGAUAAGAAAGGCGGCACCAAAAUAUUACCCACCGAAAUGAAAGAUGAGUUAUUUUUAAUUUGGGAAGCAGGGGAGAGACAAGAGCAAGUAGUGGAGAUGCCCAAAGUAAAGAACCAACUGGGUGACAGAAACAUUUUGUCCAAAGAAAGCCAAGGAGGAGACAAUUGCACAUCAUGUUCUCUCUAAGAUGAUGGUCCUCGUAUUUAAAAAGAAAAAAAGCCAAAUUAAGUAUAAAUGUUGUUGUGAUUUACCAAAUGUAAAAAAAAAAAAAAAUGGCAUCAAGUAUAUUUGUUGUGAUGUAAGUAAUCUCACCAAAUGUAACAUAAAGGCCCAAAUAAUGAGAAAUAAAUUUUCCAUUUUUUGGGAA